CUGUGCUUGAUAAAGCCUCUCAGCACCCACAAACAUGCAGCCAUUCCACUAUUAGUCAGUAUUAAUGCUGUGUUGAGAAAUGACCACCACCAGAAUAAAAUCCAGUUAGCAGCAGACCUGUGGCCAGACACCAGUGAGAAAUGAGGAAGCAGGCGACAAAUGAUGUAUCUCAACAGAUCAACAGCUAGGCUAGUCUAUAUUUUUGUCUUUUAUAUACUUCUCCCCGUUUCCUUCAUCUACAUCACUGGUCAUUCCCUGGGAUCUUCUUAAGAUAUAAAGUAAAGGAGUAAUGUUUCCAAAGUUUCAGCGCUGGAUCUUCUGACUCAAACGUGUCAGAAUGGCAGCUGCGGCCAUGAAUGAUGUGGAAGAUGAUGACGAAGAGCAGCUGUCACCGGAUGAUGAAAACGUAAUCAGUGCCAGUGAAGAUGAGGAGGGCAGUGACGAUGAGAGGAAACAUGCCAAGUUAUUGGAGGCCAUCAGCUCUCUGGGAGGAAGGAGAAGGAAGAAGCAUGUGGAGAGGUCAGAGGCGAGUGUCCAGGUCUCUGAAUUCUCAGUCACCGCGGGAGGAGCUGAAGAGAAGAUCAACCUGUGCGAUCUGUUGGGCACCAUGGAGAAGACUCCUGGAGCCCCCAGUAAGACCAAGAAACAGCUGAGGAACCUGCAGAACUGCAAAGAGACGCUGGAGCUGCCACUCAGUAAACAGCAGACAGAGAAGAUCCAAAGGACAGUGGCCUAUGAGAAAAGCACUAAAGAAGUGUCCCGGUGGGAAAGUGUUAUCAUCCAAAACCAGAAGGCGGAGCAGCUGGUCUUUCCGCUCAAGCAGGAGCCAGCAGGACCUAAACGCAUGGAACAAGUGGUGGCCGGCUGGAAGGCUCAGACUCCACUGGAGCAGGAGAUCUUCAGCAUCCUCCACAGUAACAAACAGCCUGUGCUUGACCCUGUGCUCACCCCCAUGGAGAAGGCCGCAAUAAAGGCCAUGAGCCUCGAGGAGGCGAAGAUCCGGCGUGCGGAGCUCCAGAAGGCGAGGGCCCUCCAGUCUUACUAUGAGGCAAAAGCCAAGAGAGGGAAAAGGAUCAAGAGCAAGAAGUACCAUAGGGUACAGAAGAAAGCCAAACAGAAGGAAUUCCUGAAACAGUUUGACGAGAUGAUGAAGACGAACCCCACUGCAGCUCUGGAGGAGCUGAAGAAGAUGGAGCUGUCCAGGAUGGAGGAGAGAAUGUCCCUGAAGCAUCAGAACAGUGGCAAAUGGGCCAAGUCAAGGGCCAUCAUGGCCAAAUAUGAUGAGUCGGCUCGCAGCGCCAUGCAGGAGCAGCUACAGCUGAAUAAGGAGUUGACUCAGAAGCUUGUGGUUCCUUCUGAUGACGAGGAGGAGAGGAGAGCAGAGGAGGAAGCAAAUGCUCUUCCUGACUUUGUGAACGAGGCCGAGCCUGUCCCUGACUCCGCGAAUCCGUGGAUGAGGGGUAAGCUGACCAGCGAGGCUUCAGGACCGGACGUCAGCGAUGUCGCAGCGGAGCCAGGCGUCAGCGAUGUCGCAGCGGAGCCAUCAUCGGGCCAAGAGGGAGAACAGCACAGGGAGGAGGAGGAGGAGGAAGAGCAGGAGGAGGAAGAGGAAAAGUUGCUCAGGGAGUUUGAAAGGAAGCGUAAACUGAGGCGAAAUGAGGAAGAUGAUCUGGCCCCACAGCCCCGAGAGGAGCGAGGGAGAUCCUCGCCAGUGGACAUGGUAGAACAGGUGACCAGAGAAGAAGUGGUCGGUGAGGAUGUGGAAAUUUCUGAUGACGAGGAGGAAGAUGACGAGGAGGAAGAUGACGAGGAGGAAGGAGCUGAGGUCGUCUCGGAGUUUAACAGCCUUUUUAACCGACUGAUGCAGAGCGGGAGGGCGGAGCCACAGCAGAUCCAAGCAGAGGAGGCGGAGCUGCUGGACGAGGGGCUCGUCUAUGUCCGGACCAUGGACGACCUGGAGGCCCUGGGGCAAGAUGAAAUGGCAGGACCCAGCAACGCUGUGCCUGACCCACACACACAAACUCCCAGUGCAGAGGCUACUACUGAGCCACCCAGCAAGAAGAAGAAAGAGAUUGACCCCAAGGAAGUGCUCACUAAAGAGGCCAAAACCAUCACGGUCCCUCUGGUGCUGACUGCAGUGGAAGAGGAGGAAGAGAGCUUUGCUGAGCAGGCAGCCAUCAUUAAGGAGGCCUUUGCAGGAGAUGAUGUCAUCUCUGACUUUCUGAAAGACAAGAGGAAACAGGAAGAGGCGGGGCGACCCAAAGUGGUGGACCUGACCUUGCCUGGCUGGGGGGAGUGGGGUGGAGUCGGCCUCAAACCCUCCCGUCAAAAACGCAGGAAAUUUCGGCUGAAAGCAGCUGCUGCCCCUCCCAGGAAAGACCAGAAGCUGCCCGCAGUCAUUAUCUCAGAGAAACGGAAUGCCUCUAUAGCUGCCCACCAGGUGAGCCAGCUCCCGUUUCCCUUCCAAAACAGCGCGCAGUUUGAGAGUUGCAUGCGCUCCCCUGUCGGCCAGACGUGGAACACCCAGAACACGGUGAAGAAGCUGACCGCCCCCAGGGUGGUCACCAAGCUGGGCGCCAUCAUCCAGCCCAUGGCCAAAGAGGACUUUCUGAAGCAGAAGAAGGGCCCAGAGGCGGCCAAACAAGGUGCCAUACCGCUGAGGGGGACCCGAAAGAAAGGCAAGAAGAAAGAUUCCAGGUGAGGGAGAGCAGGAGCACGGAGAUCCCAACAUCUGAGGAAGAAGAGUAAGGAAGAGGGAGAGGACUGGCUGUACUCAUGUCAUGUUGGCUGUUGCCUUUCUGCAGCAAAAUGUUUAUUUAUCAUUCACUGGAAUCCACUGAAAGAAAGGAAUGAAGAGGCAUCGAUUUUCCCCCCCUCCCCCUUCAGUUUUGGAGAAAGCCCUAUCGUGUGUCUAGAAUACCAGCUACACUGAGACAUCCCAGCUCCCCGUUCACAGCAUGCAAAGACUGACAGAAGAAACUGCUCUGCCUCUGCCCAUGUGGCUGUGAUGUCCAUCUUCUGUUAACAGUUCAUUAUUAAACUAUAACUGCUUAAACUU